GCUCUGGAGAGCACGUAACAUGAAGCGAACACAACCAGUAAUCAGGAAACCGGGUCUUAAUGCAGUAGGUUCAGCUCGUUCCCGAGCACAGUAGGCUGUGAGAUACAUCAGAAAAGAAGAAAGGGCACACACACACACACAUACACGUGGGAUAAAAAAUAUCACAAGCUACUGCGAUUCGUGUACACCUGCCACCCAGAAAGUGCAUCCCAGGAAGGUGCAAUUUGCACCGGCUGCCAGUAAAAAAAAACCUCCUUACUGAGGCCUGAGCAUGGACCUGCCAGCAUAACGGGCUCUCCCGGAUACGCCGGAUUGGAGAUACAGCGGAGGCGGCGUUUGUGUUGGUGUGUGUCGCGAAUAAGAAGAACCACUCGCGAAAGAACGCGGAAAAGGAUGUCAAGUGUUGUGGCUGUGACGGCAAAACGGUCGUCCUGGUUCACACGUCACCGAGUGCUGGUGGUGCUCGUUCGCUUCGCGCUCCGUGACAUGUCGUUCGUUGGUGCGUGGUGUGACUUCGCUUGAACCUGCUGGCGAGUGCGUGUGUAGUGAAGUGGUGCAGCAGUAUGUGAUUAGAUAAUAGUGACCAUCAAGCAAUAGUGAAACAUGCAACAGUGAAUUUGUGAUUCUCCCGGAAGUAGCGAAAUGUAAAGCCCCCCCGUUUUUUGGACAACGAUCACUCGAGUAUCUCUCGUCGGAGAACACGGAGAACACAGAUGGAACAUUCGCCGUUCUCCAGUAGCAGCAGCAGCAACUCCAACAGCUCGGAAAGCUCGGCAAUUGCUUCCUCGACGACGGCCACCGCUAGUACGGUGCUACUGUACAAUACGGCCAGCCCGGAAGGACACGGAGUGCCGGUCGGUAGUAGCAGUAGCAGCGGCAGUACCGUCAAUGUCGGCGAAGUGUCCUCAACGUGCAGUGUCGGGUCGGCCGAUGAGACGGUUUCAUCGCCCGGCUAUAUCAACACGGCCACCGAAUCGUCGAUAUCCAGCUUGGAUGAUCUCAAAAAUGAAGACCCACCGUGUGCCGGUUCGGACGCCAGCUCAACGACGACCGCGAAAACGUUCGUCGCCUGCAAGGUGUGCGGCGAUAAGGCGUCCGGGUACCAUUAUGGCGUUACGUCGUGCGAGGGCUGCAAGGGUUUCUUCCGGCGCAGCAUCCAGAAGCAGAUCGAGUAUCGAUGCCUGCGGGAUGGCAAGUGUCUGGUGAUACGGCUAAACCGCAACCGGUGUCAGUACUGUCGCUUCAAGAAGUGUCUCUCGGUGGGCAUGAGCCGUGACUCGGUUCGGUAUGGACGCGUGCCGAAAAAGUCCCGAGAAGCGGGAAGCUGUAGCGAGGAGAACAUGAGCAUCUGCGUCAACUCGACGACACCUUCGGUCGCGCAGCUGAACGGUGGCGGUCACAGCACCAGCAACGGAAUGCCCACCACCACGACCAGCAUCACCACUUCUUCAAUCAACGGUAGCAGCAACACCGCCAUCAACAACAACAGCAGCACACCGAUGUCUACCAGUGGCUGCGCCGAGAUCAGCACCUCCACCACGACGAUCCUGCCCGACUCGAUGACAUUCACACCGCCGGAACUGUCCGUGUACGACAUCAUCCAGUGCAUUGCGCAGGCUCACCGGGGCCACUGUACCUACACGAGCGAGCUGGUCAAAGACCAGAACCGGAUAUCGUUGCUCAACUACAGCGAGAAACAUAACCCACUCGAAUCGCUCGAGGAUCAACGGAUCUGGCUGUGGCAGCAGUACGCGAUGCGCAUGACACCGGCCGUCCAGAGGAUCGUCGAGUUUGCGAAGCGAGUCCCAGGCUUCGGUGAGUUUCUGCAGGACGAUCAGCUGAUCCUGAUCAAGCUCGGAUUUUUCGAGGUUUGGUUAACGCACGUGGCCCGCUCGACGAACGAUUCGACGCUCACGUUUGACGACGGUGUGUACAUCACGCGACAGCAGCUGGAGGUGAUCUACGAUUCAGAGUACGCGAAUUCACUGUUCAACUUUACCACCGGCCUGAACAGUUGCUGUCUGAGCGACACGGAGAUAGGGCUGUACUCGGCCCUCAUCCUGCUGUCCGACCGGCCCGGACUGGUCGAGACGAAGCUGAUCCUGAAAGCACGCGAAUGUAUAGCGGAAGCGCUACGAGUACAAAUUACACGUUCGCGGGCAAACAAUGGCAUGAGUGCGCUACAGAUUAUGCCCGCCCUAGAGGCGCGGGUGCACGAGCUGCGCAUGCUGGGCGAGAAACAUUCCGCCCAUCUGGAGUGGUUCCGGACGAACUGGAGCACGAUCCGGUUGCCGCCGCUGUUUGCGGAAAUCUUCGAUGUGCCCAAAUGUGAGGAGGAUCUGCAGUGAGGCGUGUAGCGCUACUUCCACUAGGCCACAAGAGGCGUAAAAGUUAAGCAGGUGAUAGGAGUGACCCCCCCCCCCUCCCCCCCCAUUAUCAAUCCACGUACACAUCAGAUUAGAGGAGCAUCUCAUAGCUAUCCUGGCAUAUUGUAUGGAACACAUAUCACUGUGAAUAUCGAUGUGAAUUUAUCACCCACAGUACCACUUGUAGCCCUGUAGCAGAGGCAGCAUCCGACUAGAUAAGACCGACCGACCGAUUAUUCACAACGGAAGCAAAAGCAAUAUCAGGUUCGCUCUGAUAACAAAACGUAUGGUGCUGUUGUACACACGACCCAUAGCAAUAAGUAGCGUGGUACGGUGGCCCUGCUAACCGGCCACGGUAACCACAGAAACCACCCGGUGUACUGAUGAUACGGAAUUUCAGAUAAAGCCGAUACCGAGAGUAGAAGGGAGAGACAGUGUGGUACAGCUUACCAGCAGAUAAGUGAGGAAGUAAGCUAGCUAGUAAGUAAGCACGUAGUGGCCAUCAACAAAAUAGCUCGUUCGUUCGUACUCGAAUUCUUCGAUGUAUGUGGUGUCUCGUUGUGUGUGUGUGUGUGUCUCGCUGUUCAUAAACCCUUCUUCCUUCUCCAGAGUUGUGACAAUGCGAGGCAGGUUCUCGAGCGAUAGCAAUAGUAGCAGCAAUUGUAGUAGCAAUAGCAGUAGUACCUAUCAUACCCUAUAAUAGCAAAAUGCGUAGCCACAAAUGUUUUCCCGCCAUUAGCGAAACUCCAUUUUACGCAAAUAUAUUUCUGCGCAUAUGAAGCUGGCCGGGGAAGGGAGAAUAUAUUGAGCGAGCAGCGCCCAAACAAUCAGAUGCGAGGACUCGCAAGCUGUAGUAAGGCACAAUGUAGGCAACUUGAGACUUUUUAACUUAAGUGAACAAACAACUGGUGCUGUAAUUUUUAGACAAAAGACGAGAUACUAAUUUUAAGCCUGUAUGACCGGUAGGUUUUUCAUCUUCUUGGGAUCGAUUGCAAAACUGUGAGGAAUAUCCCAUUUGAAUUGCGCUUACCAACAACGUUGAUUCAUCAUCAUCCUCAUGAUGGUUGAUGGAAGACGAAAGGGCAGGAUGUUCUAACGUAUGCAUUAAAAAAUGAAGACUCAUUUUAAACGAUACCUGAUGAGCCUUUGUUUCUCUCGCCCUUAAGGUAAACUAUGGCUCUGGUGGCUUAAUCAUUCCUCUAGUUAGACAUUCCCACACAUUGCUACUUCCGUCAAUAAUUUUAAUGAAUAUUCUGGAAAAGCUAGGCAUUGUUAUAUGAAAUCUCAAGUCAAGUCGCGCCUUUUCUAAACAAAGUUAGACAAUUACCGUGACGAAUCCUGGCAUGUAGAGGCUGCGUGGAAUUUUGACCUUUUUAGCUUCCUCUGGGAACCUUGCUCUUUGGGAUAUUCAAACGAACGUUCCUUGGAAGAUGUCUCUUGUCCGGAUGCUUCCCCACUCCAUGACCCUUAUGGGGUUGGGAGACCCCAAAUUUCCGAUCGACAAGAUGGUCAAUCAAGUACUCUCUCGAAGGCCCUAAAAGACCCCAACUAAAGUCUCGAAGGAAGUACGUAAGACUCAAGCAAAAUUGGGCGGACUCUUGUGUCUGUAGCAAUUCAAUCUCCAUCACCAUUUAAAGUUUGUCUGCCUUUUCUAAUGCGUACGUUAGGAAUAGGUGCAAGGUUGUUAGUGAAUUUGAGACCCCCUCCCCUCACUAUAGUAGAAUCAUUUUAACCGUUCGCCGCGUAACCUUGUUGUAAGAACAUUCUAUUUAUCUACUGUUACUAUUUCGCUGUACACAGCUUUUACACAGUGUUUUUUAUUGAGAGGGCGCCGACUGGGAGGCAAAACACAAGACUCCCUGUGUGGGACAGCAAGUGAGACUACGACUUAGCUAUACGUAUAUUAUGAUAAGUGGAAACAAACCCGUAUACAUCUAUACACGUAUACAUAUUUUUGUUACGCAUAUUGUUGCCUUUUGAUUAGCGAGAUUAUACUGUGUGUGUGUGUGGGUGUGUCUGUGUCCUUCCCGGAUUUUUAGCCAAUUUUCCUGGGCCAAGCUUCCCGUGCCCGUGCGAGCCGGAAAGGAUUAGCUGGAUGGGUUGUUUUGCUUUCCUUCUUUGCCAACACUUGUUUUGAGUUGCAACACUACUUUAAAGAGGCAAGUUUUAAGCGACGCACACUUCGGAACUGACUGGAAUACAGAAAACAAAAAGAAUGGCCAUUCGUUGACAAGGAGUGUUAUAAGCAGACCGUGAAUAAAAUGGAAAUGUUUUAGUGUUAAGCAGUUUCACUACGCUCGAUACAACUCGUUA